GAACAGAGAGUAGCCUCUUGCCUUUGCUGUCAUCGCUGUGAAGCCAGGUGGAUGUUGCUGAGCGCCGUGGACGCACAAGUGCAUAAUUCAUCAGGGAUCUAGAAAGUGUGAGAGUGUGGAGGAGGAGGAGAAGGAGGAGUGGAGUGGAGUUAAGAGGAGAGGAGAGGCAGAGUAUCUCUCUCUCCUUCACACCGGUGGGCUUUUCUGCAGCAUCCUUCCACUUCAUCAUGGAUCUCUGGAGUAAAAAAGUCCCGGGAAUUAUUACACAGGUCCUCCUGAUACUUAUCGGCUCGCACUGGGCAACAGCAGGAGAGGUCUGUCACAGUCCGCUGGUAUCUAAUCUUCUGCCGUCGUCCUUCAGAAGCUCCUCACACUUGUCCGGCAGCCAUGGGCCAGGAUUUGCUAAGCUGAAUAGGAGAGAAGGAGCCGGAGGCUGGUCUCCUCUAAGUUCAGACGGAUAUCAGUGGUUGGAGGUCGACCUGGGUGAGCGGACACACAUCACCGCCGUCGCCACGCAAGGCCGCUACGGCAGCUCUGAUUGGCUGACGGCCUACCUGCUGAUGUUCAGCGACACAGGGCACAACUGGAGACAGUAUCGACAGGAAGACAGUAUAGACGCAUUUCCAGGUAACACCAACGCAGACAGUGUGGUCCAGCACAAGCUCCAGCACCCGGUGAUCGCUCGCUACGUCCGCCUGAUCCCCCUGGACUGGAAUCCCAACGGUCGGAUUGGACUCAGACUGGAGACCUACGGAUGUCACUACAAUUCCGACGUGGUGAGCUUCGACGGCCGCAGCAGCCUCCUCUUCAGGUUGAGUCCCAGGCCGAGACAGAUGGCGCUGGAGAGCAUCUCUCUGAAAUUUAAAACCCUGUGGAACUCUGGGAUACUGCUGCACGCAGAGGGACACAGCGAGCACAGCCUCACCCUUGAGUUGGAGAAAGGAAAGCUCCUCCUGCUCCUCCGCAAAGGCAGGAGCUCCUCUCCAGAUGCCCAGCAUCUGGUGUCUCUGGGCAGCCUGUUAGACGACCAGCACUGGCAUGACGUCACGGUGGAGCAUCACAGCACCCACCUCAACCUCACCGUGGACAAAAACACACUGUGGGUGCAGAUUCCACCAAGAUUCACCCACUGGGACCACGACCAGAUGAGUGUGGGAGCAGAUCGGGUCCUCGGCUCUUGGAGGUCAGUCGGGUCGCACAGAAACUUUAAAGGCUGUUUGGAAAACCUUGUUUAUAAUGGAGUGAAUCUGGUGGACCUCGCGAAACAGAAAGACCAGCGGGUCACUGUGAAGGGUAACGUGACCUUUUCCUGCUCUGAGCCUGUUUUUGUCGCCAUGACCUUCACCAGCCCCGAGAGCUUCCUCUGCCUGCCAGGGGUGACAGAGCCGUCAUCAACGGGCGCGUCGGUGGGGCUUCAGUUUCGGACGUGGAACAAAGCGGGGCUGCUUCUGACCUUCGAUCUCCCAAAGCAUGGGGGGACGGUGUGGCUGUACCUGAGCAGAGCCAGGCUCCAUUUACAGAUCCACAAGUCUGGCAGGGCGCCGCUGGAGCUCAGCGUAGGUUCUGCUCUGAAUGACGGUCAGUGGCACUCUGUGGAGCUGAUGUCCAGACGAGGACAUCUGACCGUCACCGUGGACAGAGACGAAGGAGCCUCCGCACACGCCAGUCCCUCAUUUCCUGUCACCACAGGAAGUCAGCUCUUCUUUGGAGGUUGUCCUCCUGACGACAGCAGCCCGGAGUGUAUGAACCCCUUCAGGGCUUUCCAGGGCUGCAUGCGUCUGCUGGCUGUGGACGACCAGCCGGUGGACUUAAUCAUGGUGCAGCAGAGGAUGAUGGGAAACUACAGCCACCUGCAGAUUGACAUGUGUGGCAUCAUUGACAGGUGUUCUCUGAGUCACUGUGAACACGGAGGCAGCUGCAGUCAAUCAUGGAGCACCUUCCACUGUAACUGCUCCACCACCGGCUACAGCGGCGCCACCUGUCACAGCUCGAUAUACGAGCAGUCCUGUGAGGCGUACAAACACAAAGGCAACACAUCGGCGUAUUAUUAUAUUGAUGUGGACGGCAGCGGACCCAUCAGACCUCAGUUAAUAUACUGCGACAUGACAGAGGACAAAACCUGGAUGGUGAUCCAGCACAACAACACGGAGCUGACCAGAGUCCAGCCGUCGCCGGGGAGGAAUCAGCACUCGGCUCACUUUGAGUACAGUUCAGAGGAGGAGCAGCUGGCGGCCAUCAUUACCCAGUCGGAGCACUGCGAGCAGGAGCUGACCUACCACUGCAGGAAGUCACGCCUCCUCAACACGCCGGACGGCCCUCCUCUCAGCUGGUGGGUUGGAGGUCCAGGUGGAGGACAGGUGCAGACGUAUUGGGCCGGAGCUCCACCAGGAAGCCAGCGGUGCGCCUGCGGCCUGCAGGAGAGCUGUGUCGACCCCAAACACCACUGCAACUGUGACGCAGACCGGACUGAAUGGGCCAACGACUCGGGGCUGCUGACCCAUAAAGAGACCCUCCCUGUCAGGUCUCUGGUGCUGGGCGAUGUCCACAGACCCGGUUCAGAAAGCGCGUACAAAGUGGGGCAUCUGCGUUGCCAUGGAGACAAAAAUGUCUGGAACGCUGCGUUUUUUGACAAGGAGACGUCUUACCUCCACUUUCCCACAUUCCACGGAGAGCUGAGCGCCGACAUCUCCUUCCUGUUUAAAACCACCUCGUCCUCUGGGGUCUUCCUGGAAAACCUGGGCAUCAAAGACUUCAUUCGGAUCGAACUCAGCUCUUCCACUGAGGUCCUCUUCUCCUUCGACGUGGGUAACGGUCCGCUGGAGGUUCGUGUCGAGGCCGGCUCCCCGCUGAACGACGACAGGUGGCAUCGCAUCCGAGCCGAGCGGAACGUUAAAGAAGCCUCGCUUCGCCUGGAUGAGCUCCCCGCUGCCACGCAGGAGGCUCCAGCUGACGGGCACAUCCACCUGCAGCUUAACAGCCAGUUAUUUAUAGGAGGCACGGCGUCCAGGCAGAAGGGCUUUCGAGGUUGCAUUCGCUCUCUGCAGCUGAACGGCGUCACCCUGGACCUGGAGGAGAGGGCGAAGAUCACCCCGGGGGUUCAGGCCGGAUGUCCGGGUCACUGCAGCAGCUACGGCUCACUCUGCCAGAACCAGGGUCGAUGCGUGGAGAGACCCAACAGCUUUUCCUGCAACUGCGGCCCGUCUGCUUACACUGGAGCCUUCUGCGACAGAGAGGUUUCAGCCAGCUUCAAGCCGGGAACAUCCAUCAGCUACACCUUCAAAGAGCCGAACAGGAGCAGCAGCGCCCUGCCUGACACGACCCUGAGAGCAGAGAACAUCUCCCUGAGCUUCAGGACCAGCCAGAGUCCGGCUCUGCUCCUCUACGUGGGCUCGUACCGCAGGGAGUACCUGGCUGUGCUGCUCAACAAGCACGACAAGCUGGAGGUGAGGUACCGACUGGACGGCACCAAAGAUGCCGAGAUCCUGAGAAGCAAAGUGAGGAACCUCGCUAACGGACAGCUUCAUGCCGUCACCAUCAGACGACUGGCAGACGCUGUCUCUGUGCAGAUUGACCAGAAUGCCAGAGAGGACUUCAACGUGACGUCUGAUGUAGAAUUCAACGCCAUCAGGUCGCUGGUCCUCGGCAGAGUGCACAACUCUGGUGAUUUGGACCCGGAGCUGUCUCGGAUCGCCUCUCCGGGUUUCACAGGCUGUCUGUCAGCUGUGCUCUUUAACUCCGUCAGCCCUCUGAAAGCCGCUCUGCUCCACCAAGACACCAGCCCUGUCAUUGUUACCGGCCCGCUGGUCCAGUCCAUUUGUGGCUCCACUUCAGCCAAUCCCUACGCAGCAGAAACAACACACCACCUAUCAGGCCAGUCUGGAUCAGUGGGAACUGGUCAGCCUUUGGUGAACGCCGUCAGGAGUGACUCAGCUCUAAUUGGAGGUGUGAUAGCGGUGGUGAUCUUCGUGGUUCUGUCUGCAUUAGCCGUGAUGGCCCGAGUCCUCUACAGGAGGAAAGGAACGUUCCAGAGCCAGGAAGUAAAGACAGUAAAACCCGAAGACGGCCCGGAGCUGGCGUUCGGCGGCUCCCAGAACGGUCCGAGCGAGCACCAGAAGGAGUAUUUUAUUUAGGGUGGAGGUUUGACCUGCUGAGGGGACGGACGGAGACAGAGAUGCCUUGUCAAGCCUCAGUGCUUUACGCCACAAACUGAGCCCGAGCGGCGGCUCAUCGAGACGGGAACAGAACCAUUCACUCACGUUCUGUCUUCUUUGGGUUGGUGUUGUUUUGUUUUUGUUUGUUUUUGUUUGUUUUUUUUUGUUUCUUCUUCUGUGGUUGUAUUUUUGUAAAGACUGUAUAAAGAUGCACAAGAACAAAAUGUCGAAUUGAUAAUACGCCAGAACAAUUGUAAAUAUCGAAUGAUGUAAAUCUUAUAAUUAUGACUUUAUAUCAAUCAGUCUUUUCUCUGUGCUACUGAAACGUUUGAAACGAUGAACCGUAUUUUCGAGGUGACUGAAAAAACAUUUUAUUCAUGCUGGAAACGUUGGAAAAUAAUUGUAAUGUCAUUGAGACAGUGAGCGUAGUGACCACUUAUUCCGUCUCAGUUGUUUCAUGUUGUUUGCACCGACCAUGAAAAAGCAAAAUGUAUCCGUUCACAUUGAACAUUUCUCAUUCUUUCAUAAAUUAUUUGUGUUUUAUUCACCGGUGAUUCUCUUUUUUCAUUACGUUACAGCCUGAAGCUCAGCUCGAAUGUUCUUUUCAGAUUUUUCUUCUUUCUGUGCCUUUUCCUGCCUCCGGCUCUCCAUGUAGAUUUGAAUGGUAAAGGUAUUGAGACAGAUACAUUCGCCGUCUCUAACUACAGACACGUCCACUGUUUCUGUCCCCAACAUCGUUCCAACUAAAGCAUUUCAACAGGAAUGUCAUUUUUCUGAGAGACAGUUUUCCGAGAAGCAAAACAAGAAUGGAGGUGUGAAAAGAAAAAUCAUGUUUCAUCUUCUGAUGGAGCGAAAAUAAUGUAAAUGUAAAGUGACAGUAAUCAAUAACAGCUUAUGUAAGGAAGGAUCGUCCCCCUGUUGGCAGAUGAAACAUGAUAAAGUGCCCUCCAGAGUCACGUUCCUUUAAAUAGAGUUAGCUUUUUACUUCUGCCGAAUGGAUUCAUGCUUCAGAAAUCACCGUGGUGUUAAUUUGUGAAGAUUAUUUUUGCUGAACCAAAUGUGAAAGUAUCAGAAUCCUGCUUUCUUUUUGUCGAGGGGAAGCAGGACGAUGCUAAACUUCAGAAUCAUCCCUGCAGAAAGUGGCGCGCUGCUUUUCAUUCCACCACAUCGGACAAACACGAACUGAACAUAAAACCAGUGAACGUGAUCAGAUUCAGCUUAUUGUGCUCUGACAAAGCCCUGUCAUCUGUGAAAUGUAUGAAUACAGAAACUGAGGAGCAGCGUGAAGCGUUUACUCUACGUCACUUUGAGUUGAUUUGAGGGAUCGGCUUCCCGUUCCAGGUGUCAUCACUCCUGAAAUACAGCAACACAACGAUGUCAACAGUCUGGAGGUUAACUGUACAUGAGCGACUUGCUGUAAGAUUUUAAUUUGUACAGAUAUUUUAGUAAGAAAUAAUUCUGUUCAGUGAAAAUAAAAUGUUCGAUCUUU